UACAUCGUAGUCUAUAUUUAUCUUUCAAUCCUUAACAAUUUUCUAUUACAAAACUUCAGCAUAGAAAUGGUACAACCCAUCUAUUUAUGUCCAUCAACAGAAAACUGUCAAUGGGAAGGAUUCCAAGAAGAUAUCUUAAAUCAUUUCAAUAAAAACCACCCGAAUUUUUCCUUAAACACAAACAAUUUUAAUUUGGAUUUAAACCAAGAUUUUUCCGCAAAUUAUUUAAUGCACUUAAACGAUGAAACGUUUCUGAUACAAUUUAAAUAUUACGGAGAUAUCGCGGAGAUUCGAUUGCGAUUUUUGGGAACGGUAAAACGUGCGAAAAGUUUAUCGUAUCACGUUGAAAUUGAUAGCGGAAAUUUCGCAUUUAAUUCAAAGCAUCAUUCCGAAGGAAACUACAGCUUAAUAACUAGAAAAGAUGGUGCUGUUUUGGUCGAUGUAAGCGGAAUUAGAACGAUAUGCGGAAAGAAGUUGCUCAAUAACGUAGUUUGUUUUAUAAACAUCGAAGGGAUGAAAGAUGAAGGGUUUGCGAUGAAUAAAUCAAUAAGCAGAAGAAGUUAUCACGAAAAGAAAGUUUUAGAUAGUAAAGUUAGGGAGAUUUUUCAAAGAAAUUCGAGUUUUCGAUCGAGUAUUCGAAAAAAAACCAUGGAUAACAUAGAAUUUGAAUCUAAUCAAAAAAAAUCGGUUCAUUUUGAUGAUAAAGAAAACGAAGAUUUUGUUGAGGAUAUUCUUGAUGAUAUUAUUGAUGAUGUUGUUGAAAAUGAUACAGAAAAUAAAUCUAAUAUUAAUAUUAAAAGUGAUAUAAAAAUAACGAGUGAAUUAAAAAUUGAGGAUGGAGUUGUGGUUAAAAAUGAAGUUAAAAUUGAUGAAAUUGAAGACGAUGAAAAUGUCAUGGACGAUUUUAAAAUGAAAAUUAAUGAUGAGUUGAGAUUUGGGCUGCGAAACAAUGAUUUCUUUCCUAACUUUUAUAAACCGUUUGAUGAUUCUUUCUUCGACGAAGACGAUGUGUUUUUCCAAGAAAGUUUUCUUCGCGGAAGUCAUUCUUCGUUUUUCAGCGAAACAACGAAAUUUUCCGAAACCAGUAGAUUUUCCGAAUCAAGCGAAAUUUCAGUUAGAAUAGGAUUAGGAUCCAUAACGGAACACGAACAUGAAUAUAAAUCAGAACAUAAGCACGAAGAUAAAGAAGACGAUGUUUAUAUUUGCGAGGAGGAAGAAAAACGAGGAACCAAAGAAAACGAAAAAGAGAUAUUUAAAGAAACCAUAUUAGAAGAAGAUGAAGAAAUAAAAGAAAAUCAAGAAGUAGUAAAUAAAUCCGAAAGUAAUUCGGAUGAUAAUGUAGAAGAAGAGAAUAAUGAAGAAGAUAAAGUUAUAGAAAAAAAUGAAACUCCUCAAACUAGCCAAGAAUACCAACAAAAUUUUGAAACCGAAGAAACCUCUUCAAUUCACCCACUUAUUUUACGUCCAAAAUCAUCGAAAUUAACCCCAAACCGUUUGAGUAAAGCCGAAAUGGAAUAUUACGAAAAAAUCAAUUUGAUGCGUUGCGAAUCGUGCUCAAUGAUCAUGAUACCUCCAAUCUUUGUUUGUUUAAACGGCCACAGCGUUUGCAUUACAUGCAAACCGUUAAAUUGUUCGUGUAAAAGCGGCGUAACCGACAUGAGAAACAUCGAUUUAGAAGAAAUAAGCAGAUCGCUAACUCAUCCAUGCCGCUUUUUAGAAAAAGGUUGCACCGAACUUUAUUCUUGUUACGAAAUUCGUUUUCACGAGAUUAAAUGCGAUUAUUUUUUGUAUAAAUGUCCUAUGUGCGAAUUUACCGGGAAAUAUAUGGAUGUUUUUCGUCACGUUCGAUUAUUUCAUCCAUCAUUGAAAAUCGUUGAUGCGAUGGAGUAUGCUUUUCCAAAGAAUUCCGAGUUUCUCAUCGUCAGUAAAUACGGGAUUUUUUAUUGUACUUCGCAAAUUUACAUUGACACUAUAGAAUGGAGCGUUGUUUUUACCGGUAGGGAAAAAAUUAGCUUUUCAUGUCAAGUUGUUAUUAAAACUAAAAAGAAUUCUAAAGUUUAUCAUUUAAAACGAAACGGGAAUACCUGUAAGAUCAUUAUUCAUUUAAAUGAUUUAAAAAAUAAUAGGGUUAAAGAUAAAAAUGCUGUGUUGUAUAUAAAAACAAAUUCGUGAUAUAUUAUAUUAAUAAAAAUAACAGUCAGUUUAGUGAGAUAAAUCUUGUGUUAUUAUAAAUUUGUGUUAUUUUCAAAAUAAAGUUAUAAAUAAAAUUGAUUUCGAUGAAA